AUGAGUGUAACUGAUAUUGCAUUAAGAGUUGAAACCUGGCUUUUUGCUACGUGGCAUGUUAAAGUACCUGUAAUGUGGCUGGAAGCUUGUAUUAACUGGAUCCAAGAAGAAAAUAAUAAUGUUAAAUUGAGUCAGGCACAAAUUAAUAAACAAGUAUUUGAGCAAUGGCUCUUAACUGAUCUGAGAGAUUUGGAGCAUCCUCUUUUACCUGAUGGCAUUUUAGAAGUUUCCAAAGGAGAACUGAAUGGAUUUUAUGCUCUGCAGAUUAAUUCAUUGGUUGAUGUAAGUCAACCUGCAUAUUCCCAGAUACAAAAGUUGAGAGGGACAAAUACAAGAAAUGAUCUAGUUACAGCUGAAACUCAAGUACCACAAAAACCUUGGGAAGCGAAGCCUUCACGAAUGUUGAUGCUACAAAUAACUGAUGGAAUUACACAAAUGCAGGGAAUGGAAUAUCAGUCUAUUCCAGCACUUCAUAGUGAUCUUCCUCCAGGUACAAAAAUUUUGAUUUAUGGAAACAUUUCUUUCCGUCUUGGUGUGCUUUUAUUGAAACCAGAAAAUGUAAAGGUGUUGGGAGGUGAAGUAGAUGCUCUUUUAGAAGAAUAUGCCCAAGAAAAAGUACUUGCAAGAUUAAUUGGAGAACUUGAUUCUAUGGUUCCAGUCAUACCAAAUAAUUCUAACCAAAGCAUUCCUAUUCCUAGAACUACAGAUAUUCUAGAUCCUGCAUUAGGACCUUCUGAUGAAGAACUCUUGGCAAGUCUUGGUGAAAAUGAUGAACUUGUAGCAAAUAAUGAUACUUUGGAAAGAGGAUAUUUUAUCACAGGUAGUUCUUCAAAUAAUAAAACUACAAGACAAUCAUGUUUUGAACCAGGAUUUGUUAUUCCUCCGGGACCAACAGAGGAAUCACUAAAUCAAUUCAUGCAUUUAACUGAUGAAGAAUUAGAUGACUUUUCAUUGGAAGAGGUCUUGCUUUUAGAAGAAAGUGUUCAAAAAGAACAGUUGGAGACUACAGAAUUGCAUCCAUUAGCAUUGAAUAAGAACACAGAUAAAAGUAUAGAGGAAAUUUCUCAUAAAUCUAAUACUCUUAAUAAUUUUUCUUUCACCUGUAAAAAUGAAAAUAGUAAUUGGAAUGAAAAAAAUGUAUCAGAACAAAUAGCUACUGAAGACAAGUCUUUUGAUUUUCCAUCUGCUAGAGAGCAAAAUAGUAGUGAUUUUUCAGUUGAUCAUUAUAAUUUACCCCUUCCCCAUGAUUUUACAAAUAAAGAUAACUCACAGGCUGAUAAUAAAGUAAAAGAAGCUGUCAGCAGUACAGAUAAACAUUCCUUAGACGGUAAAGUAUUUAGAAGAGAGCUAGUCAAUUAUGUACCAAAAAGGAACUUACACAUAUCUAAUGAAAAUGAUUACCAUUUACAGAGUUGUUCUUUAAGAUCAUUAGAGAAGAGCAGUAAUCUUUCUGUCACCAUGGAUUUGUAUUCUCCACCUUUUAUCUAUUUGUCUGUUCUAAUGGCCAGAAAACCAAAAGAAGUUACUGUAGUCAAAAUCAAAGCAUUUAUUGUAACCUUAACUGGAAAUCUUACAAGCUCUGGUGGCGUUUGGAAUGUAACUGCAAAGAUUUCUGAUGGCACUGCAUAUCUGGAUGUAGACUUUGAAGAUGAAAUACUUACUAGUCUCAUAGGGUAUUCAGUAGCAGAAAUGAAGCAGUUAAAAAAGGAUCCUCUUGAGUACCAGAAGUUUCGGGAAGGUUUACAGAAAUGCCAGAGAGACCUAAUAGAUUUGUGCUGCUUGAUGACUAUUUCAUUUAACCCCUCAUUGUCUAAAGCAGUGGUACUGUCAUUACAAGAUGUUAAUAUGGAACACCUUGAAAAUCUAAAGAAGCGGUUGAAUAAAUAA